UUUCUUCAAUAAUAUUACAAUUCUAUUUUUGUAGUGGGUGAAAAAUGGGCUCAGACAAAAGUAAUCAGGUUUUGAUUGUAGUAUUAUUGGUUUUUAUUCAAUUGGCAAAACCAGGAGAUGCAAAGUUGUCGGAAAAAUUGGCCAAUAACAACACGGAGUCGGAAGGCACACGGGAAGAGAAAUUUUUGUCAUUGUUUUCAAUCGUCCGCUUUCCGAACGUGGUGUGCACCGCUACUAACUCUUACAACGGAACGUGUUUAACUAGUGCUGAAUGCACGACAAAUGGAGGAACCGCUUCUGGAACCUGUGCUUCAGGAUUUGGCGUAUGUUGCGUUGUAACGAUCCAGACAUGUGGUUCGUCAACCAGCCUAAACAACACGUACUGGCAAAGCAGCGGAUUCAGUUCGGCCUACACCACAGCUGGCCAAUGUUCUCUAUUUGUCAGUCGAGCUUCUAGCGAUGUCGAUCAACUUCGCCUCGAAUUUUUAACCUUCACCUUGGCGCAGCCAGACUCGGCAACCCUCAGUACGACUGGGCAAUGCAUCACAGAUUCUUUCACCGUCUCCGGUUCCGCUAACAUAGUUCCCGCCAUUUGUGGUAGCAACGCCAAUCAACACAUGUACGUAAAUAUCGGCCCUGGGACGAGUACAGUGACUCUCAGCAUCAUCACAUCGGGAACCACCACGUCUCGCUACUGGAACAUCAGAGUCAUUCAGAUCCCACAAAACACAGAUUACACCGCCCCAGACAAUUGUCUCCAGUGGUUCACCGAAGCUUCGGGAACUUUGGUCUCGUUUAAUUACCAGUACGCGGCUUCUCCGGUUGUCCAACACUUGGCGUAUCAGGACUACACCAUGUGCAUUCGAACGAACCAAGGUUUCUGUGGCGUUAAAUACGCCUUGUGUACGCCCACUGCAAGUAAUCCUUAUGGGAUUUCAACUGUAGCUGCUGGAACCGUUGCUACCGGGACGCUGAUGGAUUCAGCUUGCGCUUUCGACUGGCUCCAGAUCCCUUGCGUUUCUGAUCAAGCCAAUUCUAUCGUUACCUCGGUAGGAGCAGCGGUCGGUUGCGCCAGUAAGCUCUGCGGCAUUAAGGGUUUCACCGUAACAGCUGAUGCUGUUCUUGCGACAACAUCUUUGUACAGCUACAGAAGACCUUUCGAAGUUCGCUUCUACACUGAUUCCAAGGAGUUUCUCGUAACCGCGGCAGAUGCAGAAAAUUAUGGAUUUUGCUUGACUUACACUCAGCAGCCUUGCCUCUCAACAGUUACCAAUGGCUAAAAUUUGUUCGAUUGAAUGGCAUGAUUUUCUAAUACUCUCAGCGGUUUCCGCCGAAUUUCUAAGCUAUAUGCGUAUAACCUAAUCAAAAAUAAACGGUGAUGGAUCCACAUUUG